UGACAUUGGUUAAGUAUCACAAUUGAAUUGAUAAAGGGAAACUUUUCUUAUCGCACGAAAUAGUAACAAGAAUUACCUUAAACCAAUUAAAUUGACACGGCUGAUGCAUAAUGGCGACUUCGAGUGACACAUCCGAUCAAAAUGUUAAAUCUAGACGUCCAGCAGAAUCUGCAUUUAAGCAACAACGGCUACCUGCCUGGCAGCCUAUUCUUACUGCUGGCACUGUCCUUCCAACAUUUUUUGUGAUAGGCAUCGCUUUCAUACCUGUGGGCAUUGGCUUACUCUAUUUUUCUGAUGAGGUAAAAGAGCAUGUUAUUGAUUACACAUACUGUAUGAAAGAAGAUGAAAACAUAACUUGUGCCGAGUACAUAAGGCAGAAUGACAUGGAACCUUGCACUUGUCAAAUUCCAUUUAAUCUCACUGAAGAUUUUAAAGGUGAUGUCUACUUUUACUACGGAUUAAGCAACUACUACCAGAAUCAUCGUAGAUAUGUAAAGUCAAGAGAUGACAGUCAACUACUAGGACGUUUGUCGGAUACACCUUCAUCUGAUUGUGCACCUUUUGCUUACAAUGAAGAAGAUGGAAAGAUGAAGCCUAUAGCACCUUGUGGAGCCAUUGCCAACUCACUUUUUAAUGAUACUUUGACAGUACGUCCUCAAGAUUCAGAUAAGAACGUCCCAGUUCUAAGAACUGGCAUAGCUUGGACAUCAGACAAAGAGAUAAAGUUCAGAAAUCCACCCGGAGACCUUAAGACUGCCUUUGCAAACUUCACAAAGCCAAUCAACUGGCGUCAACCGGUGUGGAUGCUAGACCCAAACAAUACCGAAAAUAAUGGUUUCCAGAAUGAAGAUUUGAUAGUAUGGAUGCGUACAGCUGCUCUACCGACUUUCCGCAAGUUGUACAGAAGAGUAGAUCACUCUCAAGUCGGCUUCAGCACUGGACUCUUUAAGGGACCUUAUGUUCUCCGAGUAGAAUACAACUACCCGGUGACUGACUUCGACGGUACGAAAUCCUUCAUCAUCUCGACUACUUCCCUGCUGGGGGGUAAGAAUCCCUUCCUGGGGGUGGCGUAUGUGGUGGUGGGGACACUGUGCCUGCUGUUGGGCAUCGUACUACUUGUGAUACACGUACGCUGCUCCAAGAGCACAACUGAGAUGAUCAACGUCAAUCCUCGCACUCCAUACACAUAAAUUUGAUGAUAAAAAAACUAAUUUAAACGAUUAAUUGGCUUACCUUUUCUAUUAUAAAGCCUCGGUACGGAUAUUGAGCGCUCGUCGAUAGAGUCGCAAACAGCAAAUUGUUAUGCUCAGUACAAAUAUAAAAUAAAAUAAAUGUUAAAGUAUUUAGUACUCAUUAUAUAUUAUAAUAAUAAUAUUUGGUGUAUCAACGGUUGUUACAAUGCUACUUAGGUAUUAAAAUAUCUAUAUCUAUAAUAUAUUCAUAAAGUGUUGAAGUGAAGUUGAUGGACAGCGCUCAAUAUCCGUUCCGAUAACUAUACACACGCAUUUGUUAUAAUAUUACAUAAUGCCCGCGCUGCUUCUUUAGUGGCACGUCACGUGACUGUCACGCGUUAUUUAGAUUUAAAAAUGUCACCGUUUUUUAAUUUAUUAUCUUUGAUUAAUAUUCACCAUUUUAUAAGUUACGGCUUUUUAGAAAUAAAACCAGUAUUUUUUAUUGAUCUCUACAAUUUUGUUUCCAUUUAUAGAAAACAAGACUAAAGUGUCGCUCUUAUAAAAAAAAAAUAUAUAUUAUUUUACUUUUAUUACAAAUCGAUUCAUGUCAUGAAAUAUCCACCAUAUCAACUUUGCAGUUGUGUAUUACUUGAUUUGUAUGUUGUAAAGUAAAUACUGAAAAUAUACUGUGUUAUUACUUUAUUAAAUUAACAUUAAAUAAUUUAUGCAUGUACAUAAGUCGUGUUUAUAAGUUUUGAGACAAAGUCAGAGUUAAUGAAGAAAAAAAAUAAUUGUGGAACUAUCUUGGAAGAGACUCGCAAUGAGAAAGAAAGAGUUUUGUUGUACACAUGAAGUUCCGGGUACAAUCCGAACUUCGGGCUUUAUUUAUUUUUUUCGAUAUUUGCAUGCGUUUUUCCAACUUGAAACUAUGAAAUUAUAGUCGCAUGCAAAUCUUAAGAUGGCGCCAAAUAAUAAUAAAGAUAAACUAAACAGCUUUCAAAUUUAUAUAUAUUUUUUGAUUAUAUUCCAAAUUUGAAAAAAUAUAGGUCGCUCUUUCUCUUUAUGUCUAAAUUGCUUAUUAUUUUUAGUAGUUCGUCUCAAAACUUAUGAACACACUAUGUAUAUCAGGAUAUACUUUUUUCAUAUUUAUACAUAUUAGGUACUUAAAAAGCUAGUGAACUCCUUUCAUGUAGAUCAAUUAUAUUAGUUUUCGUAAUUUAUAUUAGUUUGCUUAUUUCUUUGUCGUAAAGUAUUUAAAACAUUAAGAAUUGACAUUAUUUGUAAAAUUACUGUGUAACCUUAAUAUAAUAAGCAUCAAUGUAA